GAGGCCAUGACAAGGCAGUAACCUAGUGUGGGACUACCCUGGCUCCUCCCUCCGCCAUGUAUCUUACAAGAGAGUAGCUUGCAGAGGAGACACAUGUGCUACAGUUCACACAGUAGAGAGGCACCGUGGAAGAGUUGCAAGUGUAUUAUUGCAGGUUUUAUUGCAAGACUGGUGUGCAACCUGUCACCCCCUGGACGCCAUCUCUUCCCUCCGCUGUCAUCUCUAAAAUCCUGGAUUCUGCUGCACGCCUCCAUUUUCCUGGAAACUUAGAGCCACCUGAGGUUUUUUUAAUUUCGUUUUGAAAUAUCCAGACUAGCAGUUCGAGUUGAGGGAGGCGGUACGACAGUGUUUCCCACUGCCACCACCACAACAAAACACUGUUGGCAGCUGUAAGAAAAUGACUGAAAUUGAGUGGAAUGUGGAAAAUGAGAUUCAACUCUUUUAUGCCAUGAUGGGUCACAAACCAGUCGGCGUGAAUAAACACUUCCAGAUGAUGUUUAUCCACAACAAGCUCAGCUCCUCCCUCAACUGUGAGCUGUCAACGAAGACUAUAUGGGACAAAUUGGAGACUUUAUAUGAUAUGGCUGCCUUGGAUGAAUCGGACAAGUUGCCAUUCCCAAACGAUGAAAAUGAAUUCAAUUUACCAGAAGUCGAAUUUUCUGAUCUGCUGGAUGAGCGAAGUAAACCCGACUUAAAAGAGGAAAGCAGAGAUAAAGAGGAGAAGGAAAUUAGAGCUCGAGGACGACCACCUAAAAAAGACCCUGACAAGCUGGAAUACAAGGAUGAAGGAGUAAGACGUGAGCGUGCCCGUGAACUGCGAGACGAUGAUGAUGAUACUCCAAGAAGGCCAGGAAAAAGAGGGCGAGAUUCUAAGCCAUCUUCCCCAGCCCACACCCCUACACCAAGUAAAAGACGCAGGAAUUGAUCACUCGUAAGAUCGUACCUCGAAAUACCGUACAAGCCUAAAAUAAAAAAACAAGCACUGCGGAACCAACAGUCAUGUUUAGCGAUGCAUGUGCUUAAAUUGCUAACUUCAAAGUUAGUCAAAGUCCCACAUGAUACAAUAUUUAUACAGAAAUGGGUGCCAUUUGAUUGCAUGCAUAAAGCCCAUGGUUAUGCAGAGUAUUUCAGGCAAGCUUAAGCCUAACUUAAGACUGCAGUUUCUACAUGAACUGGCCUCAACACUAAAUUUGGUUUGUAGAUUCAAAACAGGCUAUAAAUUAAGUGGAAAGUAGGUUUAAUAUAUAAUGUUGUAUCAAGUCAUCUUGAUACAUUUACAGUCAGAUGUCUUGAUAUUUUUAUUGAGCUUAAAAUGUUUCCUUAUCUCCCCCCUCUUCCCCCCAGCUCAGUAUGGUCUAUACAGGUUUAGUGCUCCCUCACAGUGAAUGUAAUGUUAAUUAUUCAAAAGCAGUCCUUAAAUUAUUGUGUAAAUGUCUGAACAAAACAACAUUUUAUUGUUAAAAAGUGGAACACACAAGCAAUAUGGAACAUUAUUCAUUACCAUACAGUGGGGCAGUUGCUCUCUGUUAAAGGUAUUAAGGGUAAUUGCAUCACUAUUUAAAUUUGCCCAUUAUCUGAAUAGUUUCCAAUAUAUGUACCACUGUACUUACAUAAACAUAUCUGAAUAGUUUCCAAAAUAUCUACUACUGUACUUAUAAAUGCAUAUCUACUUGGAAUCUGUUUACCAGUCAUGUAGUGGUACAUAUUUUGGAAAGUACUCAAAUAAUGGGCACUUUUAUGUGGCUGCACAAUCACCCCCUCACAAGGUACCAUUGUACCGUAUGGUAUGUAAUAAAUGGUACGGUCUUUACUAAUUGUAACGUAUUGUAAUAUUUUUAUUCAAUAUAAAUUCAGUAAUUUUAAAAAAAAUGUGAAAAAUUAGUAUUUAAUUUUAUCCUUAAAGUCUUUAGGUAAACUCUUAGAUUUUUUUUAUCAAUUUAAAUUAAAGAAAACAGGUUUACCUGUUAAAAAAAAAAAGACAAUUUUAAGCUAUACUCAUGUACAGAAGAACAGCAUCACUAAAUGGCCAAGUCCUUUUAUUUUGACUAAUAGUUAUUUUAUUUAUUUUCAUAUGCAUCAUAUCCAGUUAUUGAAUUCAUGGUAGAAUAUAUGGGAAUUGUGUGUGCCUGUGAAAAGCUUUACUACCUGAGAAGUGUCACAUUUAAUGAAUAGUAAAUAUUUGAGGAGGAUGUCUUGAGUACAUAUGAUAGUUCAGAUUGUUGGUAUCCAAGCCAAUAAAUUUUCUGUAAUAUAUACUCAAAUUAAGUUGUAAUAAAUAACUAUCAAUUUAUGGACUGCAGUUCUAGCCCCCUUGUCCACCCUUCUGUUUUUUUCUGUAAUAAGUCUAGUGGUAAUUACAUAGAUGUUAUUAAAAAUAAUCAUUUGUGCAUCCAUGUCAUUGACACCUUGUUCUGUCUUCAAGGAUGGCUGUGCAGAAUUUUCAGGCAUUUAAAAUGCGUAGCAAUAGUGUUAAAGCAUCUCAGAAGAACCACCUUAAAACCAUGAUAAAGAAAUUGUAUAUUCUGAACUGGUAAUAGUAGUAAUGGUAUAUAUAAGUAAGAUGUACUAUCCCUAUUCUGUUCCCACCAUAUUUCUAGGCAAAGUAUGCAUGUUAUUGACUAAUUGUAAAGCUGGAUUUGUAAAAUAUUGUAUAUAAUUUUGUAUUAUUUAUAGGAUCCCAGAAUUACAAGGUCAUCUAUGGAUCCAGAAAAUUUUGACUGGUAUUGUUUAUUUCCCUAGUACAGGAGGACCCCACUUAUACAGCAGGUUAGGUUCCGGGCUACUGUUGUAAACCAAAAAUUUAUGUAAAGUGAAACAACCUUUAUUUCCACUUUCAAAUACAUAUUAAGGCCUAAUAACAUGUUUACACUAUCAUUUAUUAAGUAAGCAGUAGAGCUAGGCCUAAAAAAUGCAUAUACAGUACACACAUUACUUAAAAUAUUUUCAUCCUUAGCUUAUAGUGAGUGGUGAAUGUAUUUAUUGUAAGAAGUUAGAAUAAAUGAAGAAUGAGUAUAACUGAAAACUGCUGCACUUUGCCACAGAGCGAAGUGCUAUACAGCGAGGCUCGCCUGUACAAUAUACAGUGGACCCCCGCUUAACGAUCACCUCCAGAUGCGACCUAUUAUGUAAGUGUAUUUAUGUGAGUGCGUUUGUACGUGUAUAUUUGGGGGUCUGAAAUAGACUAAUCUACUUCACAAUAUUCCUUAUGGGAAAAAAUUCGGUCAGUACUGGCACCUGAACAUACUACUGGAAUGAAAAAAGUUCGUUAACCGGGGGUCCACUGUAUUUGGAAUUUAUAAGUUGCUGUUGAGAUUUUCUCACAAGAAACAUUUUGAUCAGUUGUGAAACUUCUGCUGACUAAGUGUUUACCUGCCAUAAAAAUGUAUUUUCUUGAUUUUUUUUAUUUUCUCUGAAUUUAUGUACUGUAUUAGGACACAGCUGUUUCAUAUAAUUUUAGUUAUGGCACAGAUUCUUAAUCUCUUUAAAAUUUAAUUUAAAUUUGACUAUUACAAUAAGGUAAACUAAUUAAUAUACAGUUGUAGUUACAUUAUAUACAUACAUGAUCAUAUGAAGUGUCAAAGCAUCUACAGUUCCAAGUCAAAUAACCAAGGUUAUUUCAUAUUUUGGGGGAAAUUAGUGUUCUGCAUUGACUCAUAUGGGUUUGGUGCUUGUUUUCAAAUAUAAUGCCAGUAAUGUACCAUAAUAUUUAGCUCCUCCAAAAAUCAUUACUACAGGUAUAAAGGCUUCUACUUUGUUUAUGAAUUGAUGGUUGUUAAAAUGCUCUUGAAUAGAAAUUUCAGAGUUUGAGUUUUGCAUAAAAGUUCAAUAAUUGUGAUUAUUAUUAUUAUUAUUAUUAUUAUAAUCAAAACUAAGUGGUAAAUCCACCAGGGUCAUACAGUACUGUGUAAUUCUGUGAAAUGCCCAACAUUUAUUAAAAAUAUAAUACAGUACAGUGGACCCCCACCUAACGAUAUUAUUUCAAUCCAGAAGUCUGUUUGGGUGCCGUUAUAGACCGAAUUUGUUUCCAUAAGAAAUAUUGUGAAUUACAUUAGUCCGUUUCAGACCCCCAAAAAUACACCUACAAAAGCACUUACAAAAAUACACUUACAUAAUUGGUCGAGUUGGGAGCUGAUCGUUAGGCGGGGGUCCACUGUACUAUAAAUAUAUUUCUCAAGAUACUCUCAGUUUUGGGAAAUUUAUAAAGUAUGUGAAGUAUUAUUAGAUCUUCAGCUUUUAGUGCACAAUAUACCAUAGUGUAUUGUACAUUACAAGUGCAUCUUGCCAUAAAAGUAAAGAAAUAGUCUGUACACAAAAAAAAAUGCAUUAACUGUAGCAGUGCAGGAAUAAUAUUUGAGUCUAUAUUAUUUAUUAUGUAAGGGUUUAUGGCAGGGGUUCCCAGCCUUUUCUAUGCCCCACACCCCUAGGAAAUGUUUGAUUAAUGUUGCAUCCCCUACGAAAGUAAUAUCACAUUUGAAGAUGAAGUCAAAUUUCUAAUUUUUAAAUCACAAAUUGAACCAAAUACAGUACUGUGGGUGAACAAAAUACAGUACUGCGGGUGAACAAAUUGAACUCCAGAAAAAAUAAACUUUUAAGUCAGUGCAUAAAACACAAAUAUAAAUUGAGCAAUUAGAAAAGUUUUUGGUAAAAUAAACAGAAUUGUGCUUUUCAUUAGACUAUGUUGCACCCUCUGAAAUGCCUCUCUCACCCCCUAGGGGCAUGUGAACCCCAGGUUGGGAACCCCUGGUUUAUGUUGAGUUUUGAUGUUAGAAUUCAUGUGAAUGAUUCAUGUAGAGACAGAAUCUUAUGUUAGAUCGAUGAUGAUAAUUGUUCUGGAACCUUUACAUUAAAAGAAUUUGUUGAUGCUCGCUUUCUUUGUGUAGGAAACAAAUUUUGGCUAAAAAAUAGUUAUUAUUAUUAUUAUUAUUAUUAUCAAAAAGAAGCGCUAAGCCACAAGGAUUGUUAUUAUUACAAUCAAAAUUAAGCACUAAACCCACCCGGGUCGUAUAGAGUUGGCUAAAAAUAAUUGUAUUUUUUUUUUUUUUUAACAUCGGCCAUACAGUGCCUGGAAUGGUUAAUAUGGCAGGAAAUUUCAAAGUAGUUGUGGAAUAGUUUUAUAAUGAAAGCAGUGUUAUGAUAAUAUAAGAGGCUGGCUAAGGUAAUAACCACAUGCUAUAUCUCCAUAAUGAGAGAAAUUAUAGCUAGCAAAAUGAGCAUCACUAAAAAUGAAAGUUUUUUACAGAUGAAAAAAAAAAAAAAACCUUGUGGGUUUAGUGCUUAGUUUUGAUUAUAAUACAGAUGAAAAAGACACAAGCAUUACUUAAGCUAUGUUAGCUCCUGACAGUAAAUUCAUGGUGAAAAGGUAAGCACAAUUGAGUUUAAAUAUGGUUUCUAAUCAGGAGGGAAGUAAAAUAUAUUUCACAAAAAGUACUAAGAAAAUGUCUUGAGAGAUUGGUAUUCAAGAAAAUAGGCUUAUUGUACAUUUUGUAAGGUAAGAUUUUUUUAUAUAUUCAUUGAAAAGCAAACCCAUAGGGGUCAUACAAUGCCUGUGAAAUGGGGGGUAGUUAGGGUUGAUCAAAGACAGGCAAUUAUUGUUUAUAUAUAUAGAGAAGUGCUAAACCCAAAGGAGUCAUACAGCACCUGGGGAAUUAGUGGUAUUCUUGUUUAAUUCUAGGAAGGAAAGAGUAGCUCCAAUUUCUUAUAUUAUUACAAUCAAAACUACACUAAACUCACAAGGAUCAUAGUCAGUUCCUUUCAAUUAAUAGUCCAUCAGUUUCAAAGUAAACCUUCCACCUCCCCCCGUCCCUUCUUUAUCUUCCCUUGAAGGGAAAUGUACAUACUGUCUAUAGUAAGACAUGAGAGGAAGUGUCGAGGGUGUCCCUGAUAUGUGCCAAAUGUUUGCAUACGAGUAAAAUCAGAGGAAUGGGUAAACAAAUAUCACAAGGAAGCAUGUAAGAAUUUUUUAAGAUGAAGAAUGUAGAAAUGUACAGAAAUACAACAUAUGGAGGUUUUACUACACAAACACAUUGCUGUCUUUAAAAUAUACUUGUUCAGUUUAAUUUGAAUGUGAGAUACUGUGUGAAUUGAGUAACAUCACUCAUUAUCAUUCCAUUUUGUGGUGUAAAUCUUAAGCAUUUCUUAUUAGGAAAUGUGGAAAUCAAGUGGUAUAAUUUUAGGCAAAACUGAAAACUGCAGUGCUAAUAUAUAGGCAUGAUUCGUUGUUGCCUACCAGAUGCAGAACUUCAUACUUAACACUAAGAUCAGCCAGAUACGUAACUUCAGUCUUUAGUUAUACCAUAGUAGAGCGUACCGACUAUGUAAACAAUAAGACAGACAAUGCAGGUUAUGGCAUUUUAUUCAUGAAGAAGUUUGCUCCACUAGGGACUUCAUGAAUUGUACAUGAAUUGGUAAAGUCCCUGAUAAAUGAAACUUCUUGACAAAUAAAAUGCCAUAAACCACAUUGACUGCCUCAUUACUAUACCAUUGGUUUUUGCCUAGAGAGAAGUUAAAAAUAUAUGUUUUUGCAGUGUAUCUGCUCAUGGUUCUAUACCAGAGGUUAUCAGGUAGGUUAGAGUAUAAUAGAAAUGAAAACCUUAAUAUCUUACGUUGUCAAUUAUUAUUACAAAAAAGGUUGAGUG